GCCUGCCCCGGGGCCGCUGGCCGUGCGCUCGCCCCUCCGCGGCGCUCGGCUCCGGCGGACAGCGCCUCGGUCUGGCGCCACGCCGGUGCUCUCUGCAGGGAGCACGGCACGAGCGCACAGAGGUUGAGCGGCGAUUCGGCGGAGCUUCAGACGAAG